ACCAAGCUGCUCUGUGAAAUGAAUGUAUAACAGGUACAAAAUUGAAUGCUGGAUAGCACAUGUCUGUGUGAUCGUUGGAAGAUCCUGAGUUGUAAUGACUAAAAGAACUUAUGGCGUGGUAAGUCAGUUUGUUGCCGUAUUUAGGAAGAGCUUUUGUUGUUAGGUUUUGUGAACUUCUUACAACUUUUUCAAUUUCAGAUGCAGAACAGAGUAUAUACCCAGCAUGAAGAACCAUUCUGUUAACAAACUUGAAUUUUAUGAAUAGAUGCAUUGCAUACCUGGAAGACUGUUGCAGACUGAGAUCGGACUAGAAUUAGAAUGGUGAAGAAAGAUUGUAAUAUGUGACAUUAACAUUACAUAAUUGCUGUCUCGUACAUCCUGUAUGAUUUGAUCACAAUGAAUUUAGACUUUUGCUUGUUUGAAUGAUAUCAAACCUGGAUUUGCCUAGAGAGAGCGCUUGCCUGCACCUUGGACAUAGUAUUGAAUAAUUAGUAAUGUUAAUGGACUCCUUGUUGGAAAUUAAUUCUGUUCGUACACCUUUCUCAGCCAUUCAUUCAACUUAAAAAAGGGGCAUCAAUGACAGUGGCAUGUUCUCCAGCUCACAUGAAAGACAAACAAAGGAAUCAAAGUGUGAGAACGGAAUUCAUUUAUUUUAGAAUGAAUCUUGGAGUAAACAUUUUUGAAUGAAAAUGCCAUACAUUUGAGUCAAUCCUUCGUUGGAUUUCAAAAGAACAUCGCUGCCAAACUAAGGUCAUAGUAUAUCACUUGUCCCAAUUAGUACCAAACACAACAAAGGGAAAAACUCCGAUCAGCUGCAUUUCUUUGUGGUUGGGUUUACUGGGAGAAUGAGAAGAUAAGAUUGGGUUUAUUGAGAGGGCCGAGGCUUGUAAGAUCACAACGGUCUAACCCCAUCUACAUGUGCAUAUUUUUGAUUGCUUAGUAAUUACUGAUUAGACAAAUGGGUUUGUCUGUCAUCAUUUAGCUGUACUUAGAAACUCAAAUUUAGAAUUGGUUUACCGGUCCUUGCGGAAACAUUUUAUCCCAAUCUCAGAAAGCAAAAAGCGAUGCUUCUAAAAUUAAUACCAAAAGCUGUUUAACUAAUUAACCACUUGGAAAAACUCAUCUGUAAAUUCCAAUCUGUUAUCACUUUGUCCACCACCUCCCUAAGCCAUUAAAACCUCAAUGGACAACAUCUCUUUCCAAUCCCUCCAUUCCUUGUUCAUCUCCCUGUCUUCCUGAUCAAAGAAGUUGGUUUUUGUGUGGGGUGGGGAACAAACAAGGAAUAACAAGCCAUGAGUCUCAACUGCUUGACUUGCCAGGUCCUGCAAAGAACGGAUUCAAACAAAGAUAGGGAUUAUGGUAAAGAAAAGGACAGCAGGAAGUUCUGUUGUAUAAGGGUUGAUAGAAGCUGGUCAGGGAAUUUAAGCCCUGCGGCUUAUGAGCAAAUCAGAAACGAGCCAACGCCGGUUCCAACAAAGAAGAUAAGGAAGGGUCACCGCCGGCUUAAUACAAUUGAUACAACUUUCGGAGCUAUGGCGUUCGAAGCUGACGGUGAACCUAGAUUGGUGAGGAGCUGCGGGAUGAGGAGGGAUUGGAGCUUUGAGGAUUUGAGAGGAACGAGGGAUGAGAAGAUGAGAAAAGAGAUGAGAGUACGUUGAUUAUGAAGAAGAAGAAGAAGAAAGGAGACUACGUCAAGGCUAUCAACUUCUUUUGGUUUCUAUGUACGUACAUUUUGCUUUGAAUUGUUUGAAGUUUGUUAAAGGAGAUGGAUUUGUGUUUUUUGCAAGCUUAA